GUCAGUGGCCUGUGUGGUGGCUCCUCCUCCUGCUCUUCUGGCCAACUUUUCUGCAGUGCCGGGUACAGACAGCACCAGUUUCACAGCAGGGAUCAAGGCUCAGAGCAGGAGGCUGAGAGGUGACAAUGGAGGUCGUGGAAGGACUGUCGUGGAGACCCCAGCUGCUGCCAUGGGGAGCUGGGAUCAUUGCUCUGCUUUUGACAAUUGUGAUUGUGUGCUCCCUUCCCUCCCUGAUGGAAUACUGGAGGCAAUGGAGGAUGAUGAAGUCCAUCCCGGGUGUCAGCCCCUGCUAUCCUGUGGUGGGAAAUGCCCUGCUCCUCAAGCGGAAAGCAGAAGAAUUUUUUAAACAGAUACAGUUUUAUUCUGAAGAGUUCAGAAGUUGGCCAUUGUUCAAAAUUUGGAUAGGACCAGUGCCUGUCAUGUUUUUGUAUCACCCUGACAGUGUGGAGGCUAUUCUGAACAAUUCAAAACAUAUAGAAAAAUCAUACCUGUAUGAGUUCCUGCAUCCAUGGCUGGGCACUGGACUUCUGACAAGCACUGGAGACAAGUGGAGGUCACGGAGGAAGAUGAUAACUCCCACAUUCCACUUUGAAAUCUUGAGUGACUUUCUAGAGGUCAUGAAUGAACAAGGAAAUAUUUUGGUGAAGAAACUUGAGAAGCAUGUUGACAAGGAGCCGUUUGAUGUCUUUAUGGACAUCACUCUGUGUGCCCUUGAUAUUAUUUGUGAAACAGCAAUGGGGAGGAAUGUGGAUGCCCAGAAGAAUAAGGAUUCUGACUAUGUUUCUGCUAUCUACAGGAUGAGUGAUCUAAUUCAACGACGACAGAUAAGCCCUUGGCUUUGGCCUGAUUUUUUGUAUGCAUUGUUCAAAGAAGGAAGAGAGCACAAGAGGAAUCUCAACAUCCUUCAUAAUUUUACAGAUAUGGUCAUUGCAGAAAAAGCUGAAGAACUUAAAAACAUCCAGCGAAAGAAACAUGAUAAUGAUGGCAAAUCUGAAGAAACUGGUUCCAAAAAGAGAAAAGGCCAUGAUACAACAGCAGCUGCUAUAAACUGGGUCUUGUACUUGCUUGGACGUAAUCCAGAAGCUCAGAAGAAGGUUCACAGGGAAUUGGAUGAGGUGUUUGAUGAUGCUGAACGUCCUGUUACAGUGGAUGAUUUGAAGAAUCUUCGAUACCUUGAAUGUGUUGUGAAAGAAGCUCUUCGUCUCUACCCUUCAGUUCCCAUGUUUGCCCGUACCUUGAGAGAGGAUUGCUGCAUUAAGGGAUAUCGGGUACCAAGAGGUGCAAAUGUCCUCAUUUUAAUUUAUGCCCUGCAUAGAGACCCUGAGGUCUUCCCUGACCCGGAGGAGUUCAGGCCUGAGCGAUUCUUUCCUGAAAAUUCUAAGGGAAGGCACCCAUACGCUUAUGUGCCCUUCUCAGCUGGUCCCAGGAACUGCAUUGGUCAGCGCUUUGCACAAAUGGAGGAGAAAACUCUUCUAGCCCUCAUCCUGCGGCGCUUUUGGGUGGAAUCAUGUCAAAAGCCAGAAGAGCUUGGUUUAUGUGGAGAAUUGAUUCUUCGUCCAAAUAAAGGCAUCUGGAUUAAAUUGAAGAGGAGACCAAAUGCUGGAUCAGAAUGAAAGGAAUUUCAAGAGUUUACUUCCAAAAGUUUUCAAUCUGUUAGGCUGAAACAUAUUUUAAAAUCAAAUAUUUUGAUGUCAGUCCAGCAAUUUAUUAAAACUAGUUGCUAUUGUUUUAUUAAAAAAGAUGUUGUAAUAGCCCUAGUUGCUCUACUUUUAUGGUACUUGUGAACUUCAUGUUAAUCUUUGAGAUACAAGUAUUUAAUCCUUAAAUUUUGGUGCCUUAUCUGCUCAGAUGAAACUAUUCUAUUGCCACAGUGCCACAAAAACUUUAGCUGUGGUAAUAAGAACAGCAAUGCCUGCGAUGAAGUGAUGAGUUUACAUGCCAUAGGAUUUUCCAAGUAACUGGAAGUCUCAAGUGUUUGUAAGGUUUUCAGGUUUCUUUGGUUCUGAAAAAUACAAGUGAUAAUAUUCUUGGCACAAUUUUUUUUUUUUUGGUGAUGACUGCCUCUGUAAAGACCAAGCAAAAAUCUCUGAUAAUUUCACUCCUUCUAGGUAAGUAAGCAUUUAAAGUAGUUUGUAAGAAGGGAGUGCUCUGAAUCAUUUUUUAGCAAACUAUACCAAAAGCACUGAUCUGUAUAACCACAGCAGGAACUAGACAGUAUGCAAAUUACAUACAGGAUUUCAUAAUGACAAAAGCAAUGUAUUAUUACAAACUGAGAAUAAACUCUUACUAUGCCUUAGUGUGGACUGAAAUUGUACCUGUUGAAAUUGUAUGCCUGAGUGCAGGUAAAUUGCUGAUGAAUGUUUCUUAGCAUCAGUUUCUCUAGGGUGAUCAAUUAACUAGAUUUUACUGUGCUGGUCAAAGCUGAAACAAUGAGCCAGUGUGCUCUUGCUUUCUAAUGCCCUGAAGACAACAUACAGAGAUUUUUGCUAAUUGAUGUUGAAGAGGAAUUACAGUGAUGGAAUGAAGUUCCUGUGAAAGUUUCUGAUUGUGCCUUCAUGACAGGUCAAAAUCUGCUACAGGUCAUAUAGCUGGAGAACAGACUCCACAAUUUUUGCAAGCUCUGAAGAAAAAGCUGGUGCUAAACAAAGCUGAGGUCCUCUAGCUGGCCUGGUUUACUUGUGCCCUAUGCUUUGGGACUUCUUUUGACUGGUGUGUGUUGCUUCAGCACAAUACCUGGUGCCGUAUGAAGAGGGGUGCCCACCAAUAACCCCACUCGUGUCUUUGGUUGUUUUUGCCACUUGGUGGUGAGGGCUUUAAGUGUGUUGUUGCCUUUAGGUUGUUCUUGGGCUGUGGACAACCUGCAGAGGGGGGAUUGGAUAAGAAACUGGAGGUCAGAACUGAUAAAACUAAUAUGGACUGGUCCAUUCUAAUGAUUAAUGUAUUAUAAAGUAAGAAAGGAGUAAUCUCUUCUUACUCAUUUUGUUGACAUUUACAGAUUUUUUUCUCUUGUCUUUUUCUAUGUUUCCUUUUAACAAUAUAUAGUCAAAAGACAAAAGAGACUUUAAAAAUAGUAAUACUUGCAUUCUUCAGCCUUCUUUUUCAAAUAUUGGUUUCAUUGCUGUAUAAUAACAAAAAUUUCAGUUUCCAGGGCUGAAUCUAAAUAUUGUCUUCUUUAUAAUGAGAUAAUUUUCAAGACCACCUCCAAAUGUUAAUGCAUGUAAUACACAUGACAUAUGUUUGCGAAAGAGACUCUAAAUUAAGGAGAGACUGUAAAUUAUUUCAUGGUUUGGGGUACUUGGCAGUGUGAAUUUUCAAGGUAAAUAAGAAUAGCAUCCAGAAUAUGUUUUCUCAGGAGAUUUGGUAUGUAGUUGAAAACUGGAGAGGUGCCUCAUGUCUUAGCUAUGUGCUUAAGUUGAGGACUUUCAAAACAAAUGAAAACUAACAUUCCUUCCUUUUCUUCUGUGGGAUCUGUUUUGUGUAAACAAUUUGUAAGAUAGACCAAAUUAUAGCAAAUUUUUUCCCCAUAAUUCUUAUGACUUCUAUCUACACUGUCCAAUAUUUUUUCUUGCACUUUGCUUUUAUACUAUGCUCUUCUCAUAUAAUGUGUGUAUAUCUCCUAUAAUUUGCUUAUACUCUCCAAAAUGGACAAAAAAAUAAUUGAGAUAAAAACUGGAUAAAACUAUAAAAAGAAACUCUUAUGAAAAGUGCAUAGGCUUAAACACUGGCAUGAGGGCACCAGUGUGAAAAAUCCCUAUUUAGUGAUGCAUGAAGUGUUUUGCCAACUGAGCACUGAUGUAAUCCUAUAAUCUUUUUGUUCUGAAUGGUUCUCAAAUGGCAGUGAAUCUGUUAUCUUCUGUUGUGAAAAUUGGUUCUGAAGCAAUUUGACACUGCAAAGAAAAUAAAUAUUGAGGAAAACAGUACUGAACAUACAGCCAAUUUUGUGCCUGCUGGGUAGAUGUGAAAUACCUCGCAUUGUCUAGUGUGCUUUCAUUAGGUUAAAUCAUGUGGUGUGUAGUUGUUGGUACUGGUCAACAAUCCUCUGGAUGUGGGGGUGUGGAGGCAUGUGAACCUACUGGGGAGAGGGCAAUGGUGAUGCCCUGGAGAGAUGGCUCCAGGCACCCUUCACAGCUCAGAGUGAGGAAAGAAGGUUCCACCAUGGUGCUCUGCAGCACUAUGCUAAUUUAUACCGAUUUUGUCCUUCCCAUUGGCCCAUUGACCUUCUCUGCCCUUGUUAUCCUUAUAUGUUCAAGUUCUAGUAAAUUCUCCCUUCCCUGUUACCCCAUUGGUUUGUGUAACCCCUCCCAUCCACCCUUGUUGGUUUCUGUCCUUUGUACUGCCCCUGUACCCUCAUCCUAUUGGCCCUGAUGCUCUUCUCCACCCCCUCUUUUCCUGUAUUUUUACUCCAGAUCCUCCUUUGCCUUUGGUCUCUGGAGUCUUCAGCAUCACCUGAAGUGGAUCACAUUGGGACUCCAUGCCUGACUCAUGUCUUCACCACCGAGCUGCUGCAUGUGUGUGUGCACUGGUGCUCUUGUGGCUCCUACCCAUUGGUGCAAGAUGUUCUUGGGGAAGGUUGCAUCCACCACCAUGUGCAACAUGGGGGGUGUGUUUGUUAGUUUUGAGGGAGGUUAGUUAGUUUGUUUAGGCGUUUUAUUGUGUGUGGGGAUGUUUUUUCCCUGUAGGAUUGUGGAACACAGCACGGCAUUGCCAGGUUUCCUGAUAAAAUAAUGAGACAAUAAAGUAUUGUGUAAUAAAAACUGCAUGUGCAUAGUA